CGUUUCACUCACCAUCUCCCCUCAACUCUCCGAUCACAUCUCGAUUUCUCCUCUUCCACACACACACACACACACACUCGCUGCGGAAUUCGUUUUUGGGACAGGGAGCUCUGCAGCGGCAGCGGCAAGAAAAUUAGCAGCGCAGAGCGAUGGAGAGCGUGGAUGAAAAUGGAGGAAGCCGCCUUGUGGUGACCGAGCUGGGCUACAUCAAGGAGCUGGUGAGGCAGCUGGACGUCAACCUGGGAGGUUGCCCCGACCACUGCAAGCGCCUGGCCGCCCAGAUCUUCGCCCUGACCGAGAGAUCCAUCGGCAUGAUCAGGUCCGGGCACUACGACUGCCGGAAGCGCUCCGCCGCCGGCCUCGACUCGCCGCCGUUCUCCGCGACGCCCAGCCCCCUGAGCGACGUUUCCGGCAUGCCUUUCCAUAACAACAAGAAGAGGAAGACAAUGGAGAAACGGAAGCAUCAGGUCAGGGUGAGCUCGGAGGGAGGAGGAGCAGAGACCCCAGUCGAUGACGGCCACAGCUGGAGGAAGUACGGCCAGAAGGACAUCCUUGGAGCCAAGCACCCAAGGGGAUACUACCGCUGCACGCACCGCAAAUCCCAGGGAUGCGCGGCGACGAAGCAGGUGCAGCGCGCCGACGAGGACCCGGCGCUCUUCGACGUGAUCUACCACGGCGAGCACACCUGCGUCCAUAAGACGGUGGCGACCGCGGCGGCGGCCAUGGCGCAGCCGGCGGAGGAGAACCCGGACGCGCGUAGGCAUCUGCAGAACCUGAGCACGAGCCUGACGGUGAACACCGAGGGACUCACGGCGACGGCGGGUCAUCAGGGCUGCGGCACCACCACGUCCUUCUGCUUCUCCUCGCAGGCGGCGGGCGUGCUGACGACGCCGCAAGAGCACUACCCGUUCUCCAUGCCGUCGACGCCGGAGAACUGCUUUGGGCAGCGCGCAUCGCUGUCGACGUCCCUUGAACCCUCGCCGGUGACCUCGGAUUCGAACCGCUUCUCCAUGAACCCGUUCCAGGCGGAGUGGAGGGCGCAGUCUGAGUACGACGAGGUGGUAUCCGCGCUCGUCGCUGCGGGGACGAUGCCGGCGCUCGCCAUGGAGAUGGAGGAGGAGACCGCCUUCUCGCUGGACGAGUUUGAGUUUGACGUUUCUAGCUUCCUUGCCUGAGAUGAUGGUCAAAAGAGAAAACCAAAAGAAAAGCAGGAAAAAAAACGGGACUGUACAAUUUAGAUGUAUCACCCGCCGAGCUCUGAUUUUUGGUCAGCGACAGAGGAAGAAUAACAACAAACAAGUUCUUCAUGGGUCAGUGCGGGUGUUUGUGUAAGCUUUAGGAGAUGAUGAGAUUAGUUCCUUUUCUUCAUAUUCUUUUAAUUUAUUUUUAUUCCAGAGAUUUUUCUUCUAAAUACAACUAGUAGUUCCCAACGAGGUAAAAAGUGUAGUGGCAAAAACAAAUUGUAAGCAAUGCAUAUUUCUCCACCAGACUUUUAUUGCCACUUUUUUCCCCUUAAA